AACUUGAGGAAUCUACACAUCCGGUACAGUAGGUGGCGGUAAGCCACUGACAUACCGUUGGUCUGCGGUCCGCCAACAAACACGAUGAAGAAGAAGGCAGCCGGAUGUAAACACGGUGUGCCAUGGCCCAUGUUCCAAAGUUGAUAAAGUGAACUUUGUCCUGAACGUACAACAAAGUCUGUGGUCCUGAGGCGAGAGACUGAGGUCCGAGAUGACUCAGGUGAGCCGUCAGCAGUGGGGAGAGGCGGUCGGCCUGGGCCCUGUGGACCUGUGGGUCCUCCAGUCCUCCCAGGUGCGGGUGGAGGUUCUCACCUUGGGCGCCAUCAUCAGGUCUGUGUGUAGCAGAGGGAAGGAUGGCCAGAUGGAAGAUGUCGUCCUGGGCUACGAUGACCUGGAAGGUUAUGUGUCAGAUAAGCGGUACCUGGGAGCUGUUGUGGGCCGCGUGGCCAACAGGAUCGCACGGGGACGCUUUGUCUUGGAAGGAAAAGAGUACCAACUAGAUAUCAAUAAUGGACCCAAUGCACUGCAUGGAGGGCUGCGGGGCUUCAAUAAGGCUAUCUGGCAUGGGACAGCAGUGGAAGGUGGUGUACAGCUGAGUCUUACCAGUCCAGAUGGAGACCAGGGUUAUCCUGGGGAGGUUCAGGUCUCUGUCUCCUACACCCUACAGGGGGAAAGACUAACUGCUGAAUACCAAGCCAGGUCUACUAAAGCCACCCCCAUCAACCUCACCAACCACUCUUACUUCAACCUGGCUGGACAGGGUGCAGCAGAUAUCUAUGACCAUGCAGUGUCCAUCAGUGCUCAGUCCUACCUGCCUGUGGAUGACUCAUCGAUUCCUACAGGAGAGAUCAGACGAGUGGAUGGCACGCCCUUCGACCUCAGAAAGCCUGUUCUAAUUGGCCCUCAGCUGAAGGAAGUUCCAGGUCCGGGGUUUGACCAUAAUUUCUGUCUGUCGUCACCCGGAGACCCCUGGACAGAAAGACAUGCUGCCAGAGUGUGUCAUCCAGCCAGUGGGCGGGUCCUGGAGGUUUCCACCAGCCAACCAGGAGUCCAGUUCUACACUGCCAACUUCCUGGAUGGCUCUAUGACAGGAAAGGGCGGGUCUAGGUACGGGAAGCACAGCUCCUUCUGUCUGGAGACACAGAAUUGGCCUGAUGCUGUCAACCAGGUUUCGUUUCCUGACUGUGUUCUGCGUCCUGGUGAGGACUACAAACAUGUCACUCGCUUCACCUUCACCGCCGUCUAAUCAUGUGACCUCUACUAACAGUAGGACAGAGAAGAAGAAACCUGGGUACUUCUACAUACAGAAGGAUGUCCACUAAUUGAUUGUACAUACUUUUUUUGCAGUAAAGUCAUGCAUACUGUUCAGCAGGCAGUGCCUUUUCAGUGCAACCUCAGUUCCCCUCUGUAAAAAUGUAAUUUGAUGCAUAUCUUUUUCAUUUUGAAAAAUGACAUGUUUAUAGUCCAACCUGACAAAACUGUUAGUUAUAAUGUGAUUUGUGAUCCUGUGCCAUGCCAUUAUUACAAUUAACAAAAAAAUAAAGAGCUUUCUGACUCAG